AUGUCAAAAAAAAGAAUUAGCUUAUCCUUGUUCCCAAAUGCAGGUUGUACUAUUCCAUGGGUUUAUACUAAAAAAUAUAAUAUCAAAGAAAGAGUUUUUAAUAAAAUUAAUAUUGACUCAAACUUUCAAGUAAAUACAUUGAACGAUAUUUCAUUUAUUCAAGUAAAUUUUUGUAAAACUUUUAGAUUUGAUAAUAGUGAUUUAUUACUGAAUGGGUCCAUUUAUCCAGAUAAUGCAUUAUGCAUUAAAAGAGUACUGGAUGAAGGAAUAACUGAUACCUGUGGGGUAUUAAGUAUUGUUUUUGGUAAUUUUCUUACAGAACUAAAUCUUGAAGUUAGACUUGUUAAAGCAACACUGACAAAAUACAAAGGUCAUCAUAAUCAUUUUUUUAACAUUUUAAAAUGGAGGGAUGGAAGGGAAUAUAUAGUAGAUGUUGCCGUUGGUUAUUUUAACUCAUUUUACCCAGUUGAAAUUGGAGGUAAUGAAAUUAUUAAUAAUAAUAAUGGUUAUAGAUGUAGAAAACUCGCAAAAGAUGAAGAAAUUGGUGAUAAAGAAAUGUAUAUUUUUGAGUACAGAUCAUUAUUACCAAAUGGAGACAACUCAUGGAAGGUAAUAGUUUGUUUUGAUAGAAAUAUGAAAGUUAGUUUCUCAACAUUUGUUAUGGCAGAACAAGAAUAUCGAAAAACAAAGCAACUAAUUAUAUAUUUACUUUUUGAUGAAGGUUCAUACUUUUUAACAAAAGAUUAUUUUUUAAUUAAAUAUCAUAAUGGUGAAAAUAUAAAUAUCCCUAUCUUAAGUUUAAAUCAUCUAUUAGAAAUUGCCAAUAAAUAUUUUAAAAUUGAUAAUUUUAAAGUUUUAAAAGAGUUAUUUAUAAAUUAUAGAAAAGCAAAAUUAUAA